AUGACUGAGAUGUACUCUGGGCUCCACGCGGGCCAGCGGUUCUCUUCUCUCGAAGAGUUCAAGACGGCGAUUCGGACUAUAUCAGUAAGACAACACUGGGAGCUUCGAGUUAUGCGAAGCAAUAAGAAGAGCGUGGUGAUUGGUUGUCGGUCGGGCACAAAUUGCUACUUCCGCGUUGUCUGCCGAUCGAACAAGAAUUCGACCUAUAUCACAAGUCUACAAGACAGUCACGGCUGUCGAAGGAGUGCAGAGACACCAGCGGCAACCCCCGCGCGCUCGGAGGCCUCUCAUGUUCGUUUCUUGUUGACAGAAAUCCCAAAGCUAUUUGACAUGAAAAGCAAGAUUACAGGCCAGGAGGUCGUCGAUGCCGUGAAGCGUUAUCACGGAUAUGAUAUCUCCAUGAGACAGGCGCAACGGGCCUUAAUAAAGCUGCAGCCACGACAAGCUGAUAGUCAGGCCGAUAACAGUCUGGACUUGGAAAUGAGUGUAGAUGAUCAGCAAUCGCCAUCUCAAUCCCAACCCGAAUCACAGGAAGACCCCGAACCAGCGUACCGGGCGAUGUCCGAGACUCGCUGGCUCCCAGAGACACUCCCACCAACAUUAAUGGAUGACGAAGCUAUGAAUCCGACUCCUUCUCCACAUAACCAUGUAUCUCAAUUACCGCAUCCACCGCAUUCACCAGCACUGCCCCGUGGCACCGCCCAAGCUCCUAUGGUAUCACAGUCAGCACUUGGAUACCAUGCUGUUCCUGUCCCCCUUGUCUUACCCCUGGCUGGACCAGAGCCCCUUCCCAAACCAUCAGGUUACCCCCAUCCAUCGCGCAGCGACCACCCCGCCGCUGUUCCUACCCAGAUGAUUAUGACGAAUUUCAAGAUUGAAUUCACCUGUACGAGCUGCGGGUCCCUGAACCAAAGUUUCUUCCCCAAUCAAGGGAAUGUCACUGGUGGUGCUUAUAUGAGCCACCACCCAGUCGCGACCCAAAGUCCUGUUGCCAGACACUCUGUUUCUCACCCCCCAACCGGGCCGGGCGGAAACCCUAAUGAUGUUUCCGAGGAUGGUACCUAUAACGUUAAUGCCCUCAACGCACGCGUUAUGCAGAAUCCGUGGGCUACUGGGGGUCUAGGGGUUCCGAUCGGUCCGCCGAAUACCUGA